AUGAACAUUGAAGGUCGUGUCAGAAACUUUGAAACACAUGAACUACCAGCAAUGUUAGAUAAGAAAGCCGACAAAACUUAUGUGGAUGCAGAACUAACAAAGAAAUUUUCGAAACCAGAUACAAUGACAUUUACAACAGAAAUUAUAAAUGGUGAACCAGCAACUCCAUUUGAAUUUGUUAGAGGUCUUCAACCAGAUACUUUUGAAUUUUUCUUGGAUAAUUCUAUUGAACUAACAUUACAUUAUAAAAGUGGAACAAAUGCAACAUUUCAUCCGGGAGAUACAUUCCAAAUGGUAUUUAAUGACAUAAGUUCUUUAGAAUAUGUUUAUAGAGUUAUGAGCAUAUAUGAUUUAAUAUAUCCUAUAGGAGCUGUUUAUACGUCUAUGAAUCCAAUAAAUCCAAACACUUUAUUUGGUGGUAGAUGGUAUGAAAUAGUUGACAGUUUUCCAUUCUACACUAAUACUCAGUCAAUGAAGAUGGGAGGUUCAAAGAAAAUAGGUAUUGAAAACCUUCCUUCACAUAUGCAUAGGUUCAGUGGAAGAACAUCUGUGGAAGGAAACCAUUCACAUUCAAUAACAAAAAGAGGUUAUACAAAUCUUGCAGCGGGUUCGGAUAGACAGGGAAUGCAUAGAUAUGAUAUUUCAACUGACCCAGUAGAUUCAAGCACAGGUAUUUUCUGUGGAACUGCAGGAAAUCAUACACAUGUUGUAGCUGGUAUUACAGACCCAGCAGGUAAUGGAAAAGAUUAUAUGCCUCCUUAUAUAACAAUGCACGCUUGGAUACGAGUUGGUUAA